ACCUACAAACAUACACACGAAUGUAUAUUUAUAUAUAUAUAUAGUUUUUCAUACAUUACCAAUUAAAAGAUAAUCGACUAUAAAAUCGGUUUGCCGAGACAACCACGCAGUUUUCCUCCAACUGUAGCCAAUAGCAAUAGCGAACCUGCUUCGAUAUUGUACCGUGUUUCGUGUUUGUGUACAUUGCAGUAUAUAAAAAUGAAUAUCUUAUCCAUCAUCAGAAAGAAGUCUCUGAAACAAGAGCUCACCGAAGAAGAAAUGAAAUAUUUCGUGAAGUGCGUAACGAAUAAAAAUAUCGACCAAUGUCAAAUAGGAGCGAUUUUAAUGGCUUUUUACUUGAACGGCAUGAGCAACGCCGAGGUCAUGAACAUCACAAAGGCCGUUGUCGAGUCCGGCGACGUUUUGGAUUUUGGACCCUCAAAAACCGUCGUGGACAAACACAGCACCGGCGGGGUCGGCGAUAAAGUAUCUAUACCACUGGUGCCCGCAUUGAAAGCCAGUUGUUCGGAUUUCGUCAUACCCAUGGUGUCGGGGAGAUGUCUCGAUUUCACCGGCGGCACGUUGGAUAAACUCGAAAGUAUUCCAGGAUAUUCCGCAUUUAACUACGAUACAAAACAAUUAUUGGACAUGGGAAAUGAUUUUGGAUGCUUCAUCGUUGGUUCGAACGAUGUGGCGCCGGCAGAUUCAGUUCUCUAUCAAGCCAGAGAUGUAACCGCCACGGUAGAUAGCGACCAAUUAAUUAUAUCUUCUAUUAUCUCGAAAAAAGCUGCCGCCGGUAUCAAAUAUUUAGUACUGGAUCUGAAAGUCGGGUCCGCGUCGUUUUUCACUUGCGCCGAACGAGCGAGGCAUUUUGGAGAACAGUUUGCGAAUGUUGCAAAAAUGAUGGGAAUUUAUUGCAGAGUGUUGUUGACUAGAAUGUCGGCUCCGGUUGGCAAUUAUGUAGGCAACUCGUUGGAGAUUAUAGAAUCGAUCGAAUGCUUACAAGGAAAAGGACCGUCGGAUCUUCGAACUAUCGUUGAAAAUAUCGGGGGUCAUUUGCUGGAGAUGACCAAAAAAGUGGAAUCUGUACAAAAAGGCCGCGAGGUGAUCGCCAAGUCUUUGGUCGACGGAUCGGCGUUACAAACGUUCAAAAAUAUGUUGGUAAGACAAGGAAUCCUCGAAAGCGUAGCCGAAGAACUGUGCUAUGGUGACCCGAAGUCCGUUUUGCCCAUGGCCAAAUAUAUAAAACAAUUCAAAUCCACCACUUCGGGUUACGUGAAAGCAAUUUACGGUAAGACCAUCGCAGAGGCUUGCAAUAGUUUAGGCGCUGGGAGACUAGUUUGCGACCAACAGAUUGAUCCCAGUGUCGGUGUUCAUGUACUCGUCGAAGAAGGGGCUUACAUCAAAAGUGGCACGCCUUUGCUUAACUUACAUCACAAUAAAACCACACUGGACCAACACAUUAUCGCACUGUUACAAAACUCAAUAGAAAUAUCGGUUACGGCCAAUUCAGAAGCAACAGACAUUAUACUCGACUGUAUUGGUUGAUUACACUUAUCUAAAAAGAUUGCCAUUCUAAUAAAAUAUUGUGUCUAUUUCACAACAGUCUAGUAGUCCUCUAUAAUAUACGGGACACCUUGGCUGAAAGGGAUAACAAAUUGUAAACAAUUAUACUUGAACAAAAUUGUAUUUAACACGAUAAUAAUAUAUAUUGUAUAAUAUG